GCAGACCAAAUAAUGUUACCAGGCCUGGAGAUUGGUGGUGGUGUCUGCCCUCUCGUAGUGAUAAGGAACAGUAUAAGUUGAAUCUCUUCCAUGGGAGCAUAGCCUGUGCAGGUAAACACCAUUUAUACACAAUACUUUGUUCCUGCCCCUCGUUGUCCCCCUUCACAGUAUUAACUCCUUCCAGAUAUAGAUGCCAUGACUUCAUUAAACAGAAUGAGGGGACUGAAUGACAUCUAUCAGCUGGGAGACCCCUCCAGGAUCGUACGGAUCUUGUCAGCCAUAGCAUUGCUGGCAAUCCUCUAUCCCUUUGCUCUUGCCGUGUAUAACUUAUAUCUUCAUCCACUUCGCAAGGUCCCCGGACCCAAACUUGCAGCAGCAACCAAACUACCCAAGAUAUGGCACCUGGCACGCGGCGGGACCCUCCACUGGAUCACCCAGGUACACCACGAGUACGGUCCCAUUGUGCGUGUCGGUCCAAACGAACUUAGCUUCAUCGAUGCGCAGGGCUGGAAAGAUAUCUACGGUUUCCAGCCAGCAGGCAAGGCUGGGAACGCCAAAGAUCCAAAGUUUUACGACUUCGCUUCCGUGGACGAGACGAACCUCGUCAAUGCCAAUGAUCAAGAUCACGCGCGGACGCGCCGUAUCUUUUCCAACGCCUUCUCUGACAAGGCGCUGAAGGAGCAGGAGCCGCUUUUGAUGAAGUAUGUUGACCUCAUGGUGCAAAAGUUACAUGAGAAGGUGGAGGCGGAACCAGACGAGAAGGUAAAUAUGGUGGAGAUUCUCAAUUUUACCACUUUCGAUAUAAUGGGGGAUCUUACCUUCGGCGAACCCCUCUACAUGCUCCAAAACUCCAAGUACACCCCUUGGGUCACCACCAUAUUUAACAGCCUGAAGGCAACAACUAUGCUCCAGGCGAUAUCAUUUUUACCCGUAGUAUCUAGCCUCGUCAACCUUCUCUUAGGCCGCUUCAUCAUCCAUGCGCGUAACGUCCACUUCAGAUACUCUACCGAUCGCGUCGACCGCCGUCUUGUCACGCAAACCGACCGCCCCGACAUAUGGACCCUGGUGCUACGCCAGGUGGGAGAAAAGGCACUGAGUUUGGGUGAGAUGCACGCCAAUGCUGACUUGUUCAUGAUUGCGGGCACGGAGACGACGGCGACGCUGCUCAGCGGCCUCCUUUACUAUCUUCUAAUGAAUCCAGAGAAGAUGAAGAAACUCAAAGACGAGAUUCGAAGCGCCUUUCAGUCGCAGCAGGACAUUAGAAUGGGUGGUUUGGUUCGGCUCAAGUACCUUCACGCUUGCAUUGAAGAAGGCCUCCGCAUGUAUCCGCCGGCGCCCACAGGACUUCCAAGAUUGACACCACCUGGAGGAACCGCUAUUUGCGGCGAAUGGGUUCCAGGGAACACCACUGUCUACGUGACACCAUUCACUGCAUUCCGUUCAGCCACCAACUUCCGCAAUCCGGGCGAUUUUAUUCCUGAACGGUGGAUUUCAUCCGACUACGAUUCGGAUAACAAGAGCGUGCUACAGCCGUUCUCUGUUGGCCCGCGCAAUUGCAUCGGCAAGAACCUUGCCUAUCACGAGAUACGGCUUCUCCUGGCAACGACGUUGUAUCAUUUUGAUAUGACUCUCUGCGACGAAAGCAUGAACUGGUGUGACCAGAAGGUCUUUGCGCUUUGGGAGAAGCCGCCACUUAUGGUAAAUCUGGCGUUGGCGGGUCGCUAAGGGGUAAUCAUAGCUAACCUUCAGAUGAUGAAAUUUAAAUGCAUUGAAGCUAUUUAUGCUACAUUGAGUGUGAUAAUGGGA